AUGGACAAGGUGAUUCAUGACGCAAACUCAGAAAUAUCGACUCUGCAAAACCGCAUUUCAGGUAUUAUCUUCCUCCCCCAGUCUUCGAUGAACUGUGGCUUAUGCGCCACUGUAGAAAUGCAAAUAAAUCAGGAGCAGCUGCAAAAGAAGAACUAUGAGCUAGUUGAGAUAUAUCGAGAUAAAUGCAAGAAGCAUGCCCAAGUAACGAACCUCUACAAUCUCCUUAAAAACCAGGCGAUGAGGUCUCAGAUUCAAACAGCAGCAUCGGAUUCCGUAAUCCAGGUCCUUGAGUCCCUUGGUGGAAGGGCCAACUCCGGCUCAGGCGCAGAUGAUUUGUUCCGUCCUUCAACCUCUCUGGCUCCAUCUCCUCGACGUAGCCCUGCCAGGUAUCCAACGGCAAAUUCAGGAAUCGAACAACUGCACCGCCAUCAAAGGAGUGGGAGUGGAAGUAUCACGAAAAAUCGCCUAGACUCCGCGGCAAUGCCUCCUCCUAGCGCCACAUUAUUACCAGCGACGCCGCAACAUCGCACCAGGCUCCCUGGCCCUCCAUCUUCGACCCAGAGGCCUGAUUGCCAGGAGCGUCAACAACAUGGCUAUACACCAAACACUCAGAUUUUCCCUGCUCCGCAACGAUUCGCGCCCGCAGGCGUUGAUAGCAGAUUUUCUAGCAUUAACUCUGGCAACUAUGGCCUGAGUUCUGGCAUCAAAAUCGGCCGCCCCUCUGACGCCUCCACCGAGGUAAUUAUUCACCACGGAGCCACGCGACUCAAAAACGAUACUAUCAGCGGUGGCACCAUUUCUCACGUUGGCCAGUUAUACUUCGACCAAUCAGUCCUUAAAACUGUAGAGGACACAGCUCCGUACACGGCGAACAGGCAACGAUGGACACAAAAUGACAGAGAUGGUCUUUUCAGGCUGGGGUUUCGGGGAGGCGAUAACCCAAUAAUAGAGUCCCAGAUGGUUGGCAGGUCCAUUAAAGACGGACUCUGGGGAACCAUCGACGUUGGCGUCAAUCCUCUCGCCGUGCAGAACCCCAGAAAUGUAAGCCUCUUCCCCGCUGAUAGUGAGGUGCGCACCUCCGGCUCCAUGCGGGGUACACACCCUACGAGUAGCGCCGCACCACCUAGACCUUCCUCCGGAUGUGGUCCCGGCAAAACUCUCAGAGGGGGAGGACUAAUUGGUGGGGCGCAUUUGCAGAACUGA